AUGGCAGACGGAACAUCUGAGUCACUGCAUUCCUCCGUAGGGCUCUUGGGCAUUUCCGCAGGGUCGCUCGUACUGGCGGUGCAUUUCUACGGUUCAGCCCGAGCAGCCCCCCUGAUCCCCAGCACGGCGCUGGGAGCCCUCCUGCUCGCUUCGGCGGCUCUUUUGGCAUAUGCAGUGUUCUGGUGCGGCUACGGAGUGGUCUUCGUCCUGGGAGGGCAAGGAGUUUUGAGCGACACCGGUGAUUUCCGCAGUGCCUUGGUGCCUGGCCUGGUCACCUUCACUUUGGCACUACUCCUUGUUGCAGUGGUGGGCUUCCUCUGCAGAGAGGCCAUCCUGGCUAUGAUUGCUGCUGCCCUCUCACUUGCCAGUGCUCAUCAAAUUGCCAUGCACUAUGGCACGGCUUUCGGUUCCUCUGCUGUGGCUUGCAAUUAUAUGGUUGUCUGCCUGGUUGGUGGUUAUUUUGCACUGGGGAGGAUUCUCUAUUUCCUAACCAAGGAGAAAAUUGCCCUCCCUGGCACGGAUCUGGCCAAGAAAAAGACCCCUGAACAGAUCCAGUCCACCAGUGGCAGCGUGAAUCAUUUCGCAGUCACCGGUCUGAUCCUGAACAUGCUGUCUGCCAGUGUCUUUGGCUGUAGGCUCCUGGGCAUCACUGGCAAGCUAUUUAUCGGUCACGUGCCCUGGCUGUGGGCAGCUGGGGUCUACCAGCUUGGCAUCUGCAUUUUAUCGUACCGUGCAAUGGAUGUACUGAUGGCUACGUUCUUCGGUUUCACUUCCAUCCUGAAAUUUGCUGGAGGCUAUUGCCUUCUGUACCCGAUCUGGCAACCGGAGGAGCCCUCUUUCCCAACUCCAUUCCUGGUGGUUUUCUCCAUUCUUUUUGCUGUCUUGGCUCUUUUUCUCACUCUGAAGAGCCCAGUGGAUGGCCUGUAUUUGCUGUUUUAUGUGGCCUACUGCAUUGCAUUAGCUUGCCAUCCCAAGGGAUUUUUUGAAGGUGGACCCCAAGGCGUGGAUGUGGCCAUCUUUGUGGCCUCAGCCUUGAUGACUCUGAUUCACCUGUACAAUGUGAAAGCAAGUGCCAAGAUCCCAACAGGGAAGGGUGCUGUGAAGGCCCUACUCGCUCGCAGCAGUUUUCUGAAGCUUCGUGAAGGGGCAGACCUUCACGCUCCCUACCUUGGGUAUUCCAAGUAUGCAGAUGCAGAAGUACUUGGCUAUGCAUGCAGUGUCCUUGCUUCUUUUGCGAUAACGAUGACAGGGGACCCACAGGCUCCGCUUGCUACUGUUGUAAUUCCAUGGGUAGUGGUAGCUGGUGGGAUCCUUAAGCUCCUGUGUGGCUCGGUGGCCUUUGCCCGGGGUAAAACCCUGGAGAGUAGUGCCUUCAUUCUCUAUGCUGUUAUGUGGAUCAUCUGGGGCUUGACAAGAUAUGGUGGCCUCUAUGGCACUACCAGAAGCUUCCACGCAGCUGUAGGCAUCAUUGCUUUCAUGCUCUUCAAUGGCUUCAUUGUCUUCUGCACACUCUUCUUAAACAUCGCCUGGUUCUUUUACUCCCUCGCUUUCUUCCUCAUCACUGUCAGCUUCUUGCUGGAUGCAGCUGGCUAUGACAUUGCUGCCACUCUCAUCUUUGGUCUGGUCAGCUUUUACUGCUUCCUUUCUGCCCUUUUCAACAGCGUCUUUGAGGGUUCCUGCUUACCAAUGGGUAGGCCCAUUGUGCAGCUUAGUGGUGUGGGGGGAGGAAAGACCAAGUGCCUUCACCUGCCUGCCAGGAAAGCUUCCUCGGUCAAGAGAAUUGCAGAUAUCCUGAAGAACGGAGGGACUUGUGGCAUCCCCACAGAUACCGUCUACGUGCUUGUGGCAGCCUGUAAUCGGCCUGAUGCUGUGGAGAAAGCUCACCACUCCAAGCGCCAGGCUCAGGAUCGCCCCAUGUCACUCUGGAUUUCUAGCCUAAAGCAACUGGAACCUGCAAAGCAUUUGCUGACUCCCAUCCUCUGGGACUUCAUGGAGGCUGCCUGGCCAUCUCCUAUCAGCUUGGUGGUUCCCAGAGGUGAAUGGGUGGACUUCCUGGGAAUGAAGGACUCUGCUAAAUACGUCGGAACCCCUCAGAGCGUUGCCAUCCGCAUCCCCGACUGCUCUGUCACCACCCACCUCAUCGACUUGGUGGGCCCCAUUGUGGUCACAUCAGCCAACCCAACAGGAGAGGCAGACACAACACACCACAACCAAGUAUAUGCCAAGCUGGGAGACAAGGUGGAUGCAGUUCUUUGCGAUGGACCUUCUCCAGAGAACAUUGCCUCCACCGUCGUGGACUGCACCAAAAUUGACAGUGGAAACAUAGGAUUCUUCAGAGUCGGUAUCAUCCCCAAGUCUCAGGUGCUGCAGAUACUGGAGCAGGUGCAGAAGAAACACACGUCAGUUCCGAACAGUGGCACCUGUGCCAUGACAGACCGGGAAGAACAUCUGAAUCGUGGCCGCGCUGCGCACAACGGGGUGGGCACGGCUGCCUCGGAAGAGACGGCGCCGGUGCCGUCCCCGGAUGACGGCGGCGAGAAUCACACUCGCCUCUGA